UGUUUAUGGUUAAGUAUGCGUUCUGUGGUUGGUGUUCUGAAAAGUGCAUUGAUAGCAACAAAUUUUGCUGGAAGUGCCAGAGUGGGAGUGCCAUAUGGUGUAGUAGCUAGGCGGAAAUUCGGAGCCGCCGCCUCCACCGCGACUCCGGCUUGCUGGAAUUGCGAAAAGAAGUCGGUGCUGAAGCAGCACAUGAUCUGCUCGGAGUGCGGACACCUGCAGGAUGUAGAUGCGGCUAUAAACUACUUUGAGCUGCUGAGCUUUCCCACAAACUUCAACCUGGAGGGGCAGCAACUGACACAGCGUUUCCGCCAGCUGCAGACCCUGGUGCAUCCGGACAAGUUCAGCAACAAAACCUCUCGAGAGCAAACCAAUUCCGCGGACUGGAGCUCCCUCAUAAACAAGGCCUACAAGACACUCGCCAUGCCGAUAGAGCGCGGACAGUACCUGCUGCAGCUGGAGGGCCAGCAGAUGCCGGAGGACAAUAGUACGCUCAACAAGGAGUUCCUUAUGGCCAUGAUGGAGCGCAACGAGGAGGUGGAGGAGGCGGAGGACAGCACGGAGCUCGACAAACUCAAUGCACAGAUUGUCCGGGAACUGGAGGCCCUGGUCCAAAAGCUGGGCAUCCAAUUCGAGGCCAAGGACCUGGCCAGCGUCAAGGGCACCCUCGUGGAGAUGAAGUAUCUGCUGAGCAUCCAGGCGAGCAUCAAGCAGAAGCAACAAAGCCUGUUGGGCGGCAGCUGAAGACUCGAUAUUCCAGUCUCGGGAGCAAUCGAUAACCGAAACACACCUCUGCCUGCCGACCAGCUGAUUGGAAAAGUGGCCAAAAAACAACCUAAGAAGAAGAAACCAAUAAACUAAGCUAUAAACAAAUAUCGGCAAAUAAAAUUCGCCAUGUAAUUAGUGACAAUGACA